CGUCACUGGUCACGUGGUUUGUUUUCGAGCGGUUUCCCCUCCCUGAAACAGCUUAGGCUCCAUUUUGUUUUAUUCUUGAGUUGGUGCUUGUGGUCGUCAGUCGGUAAAAAUAACUGCGGCUGUAGCUUUCUUAAAGCUAGUCAAACCUGACCAACAUCAUGAGCGGAUGUCGUAUUUUUAUCGGCCGGCUGAGCCCCUCAGCCAGAGAAAAGGACGUGGAGAGGUUUUUCAAAGGAUACGGCCGCAUCCGAGAUAUCGACCUCAAGCGAGGCUUCGGCUUUGUGGAGUUUGACGACCCCAGAGAUGCUGAAGAUGCCGUUUAUGAGCUUGACGGAAAAGAGCUGUGCAAUGAAAGGGUAACCAUUGAGCAUGCUCGUGUACGUCUGCGUGGUGGCCGCGGACGUGGUGGCGGCGGCGGUGGAGGGGGACGUUUCUCUGAUCGCUAUGGCCGUGGCUCCCAGAACAGCCGGAGUCGAAAUCCUCCUCCAAUGCGCACUGAGAACCGCCUGAUUGUGGAGAACUUGUCCUCUCGUGUCAGCUGGCAGGACCUGAAAGAUUUCAUGAGGCAAGCUGGAGAAGUGACUUUUGCAGACGCACAACGGCCCAAGCUCAACGAAGGGGUGGUUGAGUUUGCCUCUCACAGUGACCUGAAAAAUGCACUUGACAAACUGUCUGGAAAGGAAAUCAAUGGCAGGAAAAUCAAGCUCAUUGAAGCUGCCAAGAAGAGGUCAAGAAGUCGCUCGCGGUCUGAGAGCUCUUCUCGUUCGCGGUCCCGCUCCCGUGGUCGCUCUGCAUCUCGCUCCCCCAGACGCUCCCGCAGCCCUGCCAAAGCCCACAACCGCUCCCGCUCCCGUAGUGGCUCACCUGCCGGCGGUACCUCCUCCCCAACCUCCAAAUCCAAGGAGCCCGCCAAGCGCUCCUCCAAGAUGAGCAAGUCGGCCACCCCACCCUCCCCUGCGCCUGCUCAGAGAGCCUCUGCCUCCCGUUCCCGCUCGCGAUCACGCUCCCGCUCUCGUUCUCCUUCUACCGACAGUCAGCGCUAAACGCUGGGUGUAAUUUAUCAGGAGUCAACAGAAGAAGCGUCUUCUGUCAUCAGUAGAAUCAGCUCGGAGGAUUUGUCACACUGGAGCUCCUGUGAACUCUCUUUGAAAGAGUUUUCUGGGAGUAAAGUUUGCUUUCUCUUGUCUGGACUUUUCACGUGACUAUCCCCUCAUUUUCUCACAUUUACACAGACGCGUUAUGAACAUCCAGAGUCAUCUUAAACAGAAUAAAUACCCGAGUGAACCAGCGUCCGCAUCAGUUAAAUGAAUCUCUCAACUAUAAAAAAAACUCUGAACAGGGAUUCUGUUUUUCAGCAACUCUAUGAUGCUAUUAAUAAGUCACUACUUAAUCUUUUUGUGAUACCUUUGCUCGUUAUUGGCAGAAUUUGAGGAGAAAAAACAUUUUGUCCUUGUUGCUCACGUUUUUUGAUCCCUGCAGCUGCUGCUGUAUAACUUCUGAUGCUUGCAUGUGCUUUUGUUCAAGUUUUGUUUUUGUUUUUUUACCUGUUUGUGCUUAAAACACCGGUAUAAAUACCACUGGCAGCCCCUCUAUCAAAACAGUUGUGUAUAAUUAAGCACACUGGUCCAUCAGUUAAAAAGCUGCAUAGUAAAUUUAUUUCAUGUACCCCACAUUUUCUUGCAGUGACUUUCUUAUUAAAAAAACUCAAGGAUAAAGUCAACAUUUACUUUUACAGUGGUUUUGCUUACAGAGUUCAGUUUCUUUUAGCAUUGUAAUUGUUUUUAUUUAGGGUUUGUGUACAGGUUGCAGACUUUUGAUUAAAUGUUAUCCAAUGAUACUUGUUGAUACUGUGGACGAGUUUGGAGAAAUACAUUUUUGUACAUGAGGAUUUUAUUUUCAGUGAAAACUAUGAUGGGUGUUUGUAUGGUGUAGAAAGACAAUAGACAACCAAUAAAAGAAUUUUAAUUAAAA